CCCUCCAGAGCGCCCAUGGAGGGGUCCGCCUACCCGGGGGAGGAGGAGGAGGAGGAGGAAGAGGAGGUGGAGCCGCCUUACGGCCGCGGCGCCCACUCGUGCUCCUCCCUCAUCCGCCUCGAGCAGGAGGCCAAGCGCAGGAAACGGGCGCGGCAGCAGCAGCGCCGGCUCUACACCAUCAUGCCAGGGAGGCAGGACAGUGAUGAGGAUGUGUUGGACCUAUCUGAAUACACCAAGAAUCAACCGUGGUGGCGCAAACUAUUUGGACCAAGUUCAACUUCCAACGAGGAAAAAUACAAUGUGGCCACCCAGCUGGCGAUUGGAGGCGUCACAGGAUGGUGCACUGGAUUCAUCUUCCAGAAGGUUGGCAAACUAGCAGCGACCGCAGUGGGAGGAGGCUUCUUUCUGCUCCAGCUUGCAAACCACACGGGGUACGUCAAGAUCGACUGGAAGAUGGUCGAGCGAGACGUGACCAAAGCUAAGAAGCACCUGAAGUUUUCUGGGAGCACCUCCAGCAAGCUGGCGCCAGAGGUGAAGAGCCAAUUCGAUGAGGCGGUCAGUUUUCUGAAGAGGAACGUCCUGCUGUCCGGAGGCUUCGUCGGUGGCUUCUUGCUUGGCAUGGCUUCUUAGGAAAAUCCCACCCAACCUGCCUUCCCACCGGCUGGUCUCGCGGCCAUCUCCCGCUCGGCUCCUCCACUGCCCGAUUAGCCCGCUGAAGCAUCCAGCCCUCCCGACUUGCCUUCCUUUUGAUAACCUGCAAAGUAGCAACCGGAAACGCCACCGCUAGCCUUUUUCUCUCCCCCUCCCCACACCUCCUAUUUUGCUCCUCCUUUUUAAUUUGAUACAGGAGGGAAUUUGGAUCGAGCUGCAAGAUGUGUUCGAUCCCUGCCUGAGAUGCCAGAAAUCUGCAGAAUUCCCCUUCCCUCCCGCACAUGUAUUUUAUUUUAUUUUUCCUUUACUGGCAUGACCUAGACAACUUACUGUGGAAGGACCCAUAGCACCUGCUUACGUGUUCGCCUUCUCAUGAAGCGUCAAGAGUAUCUCCUAGCAGAACCAAGGAAGCAAAGAGAUCAACAGGACGGGACAAGAGAGCAUGUCCUGAAAUAACUGCCAUCCUGGCUUCCUAACAAAGCGCCUGAGAGCAACAGCUUUUCUUGGACUCGCUCAUCCAAGUUGUCGGUUUUUUUUUUUUAAUUUAUACUACAAGAUUGCUGGAAUAAUCUGUGGAAACUCUUUCAACUCUGCUGUGUGGGAUUCUCUAUAGUCCUCUUAUGUGACCAGAGGCCUAGAAGACUCGGUAGCGCUGCCUUCUCAAGGAAAACUAUUUUAAAAACUGGGGUCUCUCUAGUGGAACGGCUGCAGGAUUAGAGUCUGGCGUUUGCAGCUGUUAAAAAGAUAAAUUUUUAGUACUGGUAGCAACUGCUAGCGAAUCCCAGGAGCGGAAUGAACAUGGAUGGCCUCGACCGUCUGGUUCAGAACUCCUGGGCGGUGGGGUGCAGGGUGAAGGGGGAGCUGGGAAGGUUUGCUUAUGCCUGGAGCUCUGCAUAGGGGAGUUAACUUUAGCCCAGAGAAAAAGCAGCCAAAUUCCUGAGCUCCGUUGCCUUAAAGUUUGUUUCCCUUUAUAGGAAUUGCAAUAUUGAGCAGAAAAGAUACGCUUUCAGGUGUGUGCUUUUCUCCCGAAGUUCUUGCCAUCUUAAUUGUGGGAUAGCAACAUUAGCUCGUAGAAUGGAAGUUCCUAUAAACGCAUACAUUAUUGAAUAACAGCA